AUCAGCCAGAGGGGAAUGUUUCCUAACUGUACAUAUGUGCAGCAACUAUAGACUGAGGGAGGAAUGCGCAUGAUUAAUUCCUAGUCUGUCAGCCCAGAGCUUUGUUGGAUGUCAGGGAGACAGCAGAGUCCUCCCCAGUGCUCUGCUAUUUCACCAAACCCUGUGAAUUGAACUGGGGAAAGUAAACAUUACAGAGCUGCUAAUCACAGGCUGGGAAAGAAAACAGCACUUCACUUCAGGAUCUGCCCAGGAUCAGACCUUCUCUUUCUUUCUUCCCUGCAUUCCCAGCAGCUGCUUCCCACUGGAUAUUCCUUUUCCAUUUUAUUAUAUAUAUAUAUUUAUGUUUGAAAAUCCUUUUUCUUAAUUGGAAAUGGGACUGAUUUUCCAGCCUCUGUUCUGGCAGUUUGUGGCAACGACUUACGCUUUAAUGGUGCUUGGCUUUCUGGACGAAACAGUAGAAAAAGCUAUAAAAUCAGAGGGAUAUUGUAGCCGGAUUCUGAGAGCGCAAGGAGGCACAAGGAAAGAAGGUUAUCAUGAAUUUAGCCUGAGAGUGGAAGGGGAUCCGGACUUCUACAAACCAGGAAACACUUACAGAGUAACUCUCCUAGCUGCUAGCCCAGCCUACUUCAGAGGAUUCACACUCAUUGCACUGAAAGAAGGCAAAGAGGGAGAGAAGGAAGAAGACCAUGCAGGUUCCUUCCAGAUUAUUGAUGAAGAAGAUACUCAGUUUAUGACUAACUGCCCAGUGGCUGUCACAGAGAGCACGCCUAGGAGAAGAACACGGAUCCAGGUCUUCUGGACAGCACCUCAAAUAGGAACAGGCUGUGUGAUACUCAAGGCGAGCAUUGUUCAGAAAAAAAUCAUCUACUUUCAGGAUGAGGGAUCUCUUACCAAGAGGAUGUGUGAGCCAGACUUGACACUGGAAGGUGGAAAUGAGAAGACAAUGCCGGAUUGUUGUGCCUGUGGAACAGCUAAAUACAGGUUAACCUUUUAUGGAAACUGGUCAGAGAAGACCCAUCCAAAGGACUAUCCCAGACGAGCCAACCACUGGUCUGCAAUCAUUGGUGGGUCCCAUUCCAAGGAAUAUGUUCUUUGGGAGUAUGGAGGACAAGCCAGUGACGGUGUCAAACAAGUAGCUGAGUUGGGUUCUCCAGUCAAAAUGGAAGAAGAAAUUCGACAGAAGGGAGAUGAAGUGCUAACAGUGAUCAAAGCCAAAGCACAGUGGCCGGCCUGGCAGCCCCUCAAUGUGAGGGCUGCCCCAUCCGCUGAGUUUUCUGUGGACCGAAGCCGUCACCUGAUGUCCUUUCUGGCCAUGAUGGGGCCUAGCCCAGACUGGAAUGUAGGGCUCACCUCCGAGGAUCUCUGUACCAAAGAGUGCGGCUGGGUUCAGAAGGUGAUCCAGGAUUUGAUUCCAUGGGAUGCAGGCACUGACAGUGGGGUAACCUACGAGUCUCCAAACAAGCCCACCAUUCCCCAGGAUAAAAUCCGACCUCUGACAAGUCUGGAUCACCCACAAAGCCCCUUCUAUGACCCAGAGGGUGGGCCAAUCAUACCUAUAGCUCGAGUUGUGAUUGAAAGGAUUGCCAGGAAGGGAGAACAGUGCAAUAUUAUACCCGACAACGUGGAUGACAUAGUAGCAGAUCUGGUAACGGAAGAGAAAGACGAAGAUGACACCCCGGAGACCUGCAUAUAUUCCAACUGGUCCCCCUGGUCGGCCUGCAGCUCGGCCACCUGCGACAAGGGCAAGCGGAUGAGACAGCGCAUGUUAAAGGCUCAGUUAGAUCUCAGUGUUCCCUGCCCAGACACUCAGGACUUUGAACCCUGCAUGGGCCCCGGCUGCAGCGAUGACGAAGCCUCUACCUGCAUGAUGUCAGAAUGGAUCACCUGGUCGCCGUGCAGCGCCUCCUGCGGGAUGGGAAUGAGGUCCAGGGAGAGAUACGUCAAGCAGUUCCCAGAAGACGGUUCCUUGUGUAAAGUCCCAACGGAAGAAACUGAGAAAUGCAUUGUCAAUGAGGAGUGUGAGCCAAGCAGCUGUAUAGUCACGGAAUGGGCAGAGUGGGAGGAGUGCAGCGCUACAUGCGGGAUGGGUAUGAAGAAGCGGCACAGGAUGAUAAAGAUGACUCCAGCGGAUGGAUCAAUGUGCAAAGCCGACACAACAGAGGUUGAGAAAUGCAUGAUGCCCGAAUGUCAUACCAUCCCGUGUGUGUUGUCCCCUUGGUCUGAAUGGAGUGAUUGCAGCGUUACCUGUGGCAAAGGCACCAGAACUAGACAGAGAAUGUUGAAGUCCCCGGCUGAACUUGGAGAUUGCAAUGAGGAACUGAAACAAGUGGAAAAGUGCAUGCUUCCUGAAUGCCCUAUAAGCUGUGAAUUGACAGAGUGGUCUUACUGGUCUGAGUGUAACAAAUCGUGCGGCAAGGGUCACAUGAUUCGUACCCGAAUGAUCACAAUGGAACCACAGUUUGGAGGAGCCGUCUGUCCGGAAACCGUGCAACGCAAAAAAUGCAGAUUACGUAAAUGUCAAAAAAGUUCCGGGAAUGAGCGAAGGCAUUUAAAGGAUGCCCGAGAGAAGAGAAGGAGUGAAAAAAUAAAGGAAGAUUCAGAUGGAGAACAGUACCCUGUAUGUAAAAUGAAACCAUGGACUGCAUGGACGGAAUGUACCAAAUUCUGCGGUGGCGGGAUACAAGAGCGGUUCAUGACUGUGAAGAAGAGAUUCAAAAGUUCUCAGUUCACCAGCUGCAAGGACAAGAAGGAGAUACGGGCUUGCAAUGUCCAUCCAUGUUAACCGGGCGGAAAAGAGGGAUGCACUACAAUCGCAACAGAAGUCAAUCUUUAUUAGAUAUUUUUUAUCAUAGAAUAUAUACAGUGCUUUCAUUUUGCAAUGUACUUUUGCUUACGACUCUUGCAGGAGCAAGAACUAUAUUUUCUAAAUAUCCAGCGGUGAUGACUGACUUUGUCAGGUUAGUUCGAUAUCGAUGAUAACAUUUUAUCACUUGAUCGUUAGCAAGAGACAACCGACUCUGGACAAGUAAAUGUAUCUUCCUUAACACAUGGCAAACUUCAAUAGUAAUAGCGUAUAUAAUGAUAUGCAUGCCAGAGAUUAGGACAAAUUAGGACAAACCACCCAUGUUUUUUUUUUCCAAACGCACCUCAAUAGAUUGGACAGUGGAGUAAUCAAGACACUCCCAGCUGUACAUCUACUUUGUUUAAAAUAAUUCAUUUACAUUUUUUUUUUCUUUUUAAAUAGGCUACGCAUGUGCUUAACGAAAUCAUUCCUGUUUGUUGUAAAAUGUUAAAUCUACUGAUAUUUACAAGAAAUCCCAAUAUUUAUGAUGUAGCGUGUAUCCCCAGCUUGUUAUCACCAUAUUCUUGGCACAGAGAGAUGAACUUGAAAUUUCAGAUUUUGCUGUACUGAAUUCAAGAGCUUGCACUUUUAUGGGGCUUCUUUUCCCAAUGAGAAACGUACAAGCCCCUAGAAAUAAGAACUGGGGCAAAACUGCCAGCUUCCAGACUGAGGUUGAUGAAGACGGGCGAAGUCACAUGUAACGUUGUCAAAAGAAGCACCAGAGAUAUUUCUAUUGUAGGCCUUUUUUAGUAGGGAACCACUGAAUCCACUAUUUUGGAUCUGGCCGAAUCCCCGAUACUAUAGUGAGAGAUUUGGCUGAAUACCGAAAUGAAUCUGAAUCCUAAUUUGGAUAUGGCAGGAAAGGAAAAAGUGGGAAAAAAUGUUUUUACUUCCUUUUCUUCUUUGUUUUGUGAUGAAAAGUCACAUAUUUCCCCUUCCUGGCCCUAAUUUGCAUAUGCAAAUUAGGUCCGACCGACACACGGAUUCAGCCGAUUCCAAAUCCUGCUGAAAUUGGUUGAAUACUGGCCGAACCGAAUCCUGGAUUCGGUGCAUCCCUAUUUUUUAGUUCCUUUACUUAGGCAAUGGCAAAUUCACUUGUGCUGGUUCACCCUUACUGGAAAUAGAGAGAUGAGGAAUCCACUCUACAUAUAUACAGUUUUUAAUAACACAGUGCUACGCAAUAUGUUGGCGCUAUAUAAAUACAUGUUAAUAAUAAUAAUAUGGAGGUUAAACAUUAUAUGAGCUUGACAUUAUUCUGACCUUGGCCUUGUUCCUAAAUUUUCUCCACCACCAUUUUUAUUCCUGCAGCUUUGGAACCUGGAUGUCUUACAAUACCAUCAUCUGCUGACAUACUUUAUAACGCUAAUAAACAGUUCAACCGA